UUUAUCAUUCUUCAAUGCAAACGAGAGAGAAUUGGCAUUAUCACUUGCGACUUGCGUAUUAUCGAUAUAGAUAACAAGGUGGAGUGUGGCUAUUACUAAUCGGCGAUCAUUUAGGAUUUUUUUCACCCAACAAUGCCGCAGCAAUAUAAGCCGCUGCAUAACGAGGAAGAUGUGGAAAAUGCCGCAGCCGAUGCCACCACAACAGGAGAAAACAGACAGCAACAACAACAGCAGCAACAAGAGGCUAAUCCUCCGGCCGUGCAGUUGCUAAUGGUGUCGCUGUUUAUGCUGCUCUUCUUUGGCUCCUCGUUCUUCCAGCCACGGCCACGAUUGCAGCACCUGAAAGGCGGCGUCGGCAGUAGUUAUGAUCGGACCAAGUACGACUGCAAUAUCCAACUGGUGGAGUCUAUACCCAUUGGGCUCAACUACUCCGCGAACAGUCCAAGGUUUUUGAGCACCUUCGAGGCCUGGCAGCAGCUGUUGGACAGCGCCAAGGAGUCCCUGGACAUUGCAUCAUUUUACUGGACGCUGCGGGCUGAGGACACAGCCGGCGUGAACGACUCCAGCACACAGCAGGGCGAGGAGAUCUUCAAGCGCCUUCUGGCUAAUGGAAACGGUGGCAGUAACAGGCUCAACAUACGCAUAGCCCAGAGUGAACCCUCGAGUGUGUCACCAAAUGAAGACACCAAGCUGCUGGCCAGCAAUGGAGCUGCCGAUGUGGUAACCCUCUCAUUUCCCAAGUACUUUGGCGGCGGUGUCUUGCAUACGAAACUCUGGAUUGUAGAUGGACAGCAUUUCUAUUUGGGCAGCGCCAACAUGGACUGGCGGGCACUGACGCAGGUCAAGGAAAUGGGAAUACUGGCCCAGAACUGUCCACAGCUCACCGAAGAUGUGGCCAAGAUCUUCAAGGCCUAUUGGUAUUUAGGAAAGAGCACGGAUUCAAAUAUACCAAGUUGGGGCUAUGAUUAUUCGACGAACUUCAACCUCCAUUCACCCAUGAUCUUAAGUGUGAACAAGAACACAACGAUGGAGGGAUUUUUGUCCAGUUCCCCGCCCCCACUUUCCGCACGCGGUCGCACCAACGACCUGGACGCCAUAAUAAACACCAUUGAUUCGGCCAUUACCUAUGUGAACAUUGCUGUGAUGGACUACUAUCCGCUGAUCAUUUAUGGGCAGCAUCCAAAGUAUUGGCCUUACAUCGAUGAUGCCUUGCGCCGGGCGGCAGUGGAGCGAGGAGUGGCCGUAAAGCUGCUCAUCUCCUGGUGGAAGCAUUCCAAUCCCAGUGAGGAUAAAUACCUCAAAUCCCUGCAGGAUCUCAGCUCCAAAAAGGACAAAAUCGAUAUACAAAUUCGACGUUUCAUUGUGCCCACGGAUGCGGGCCAAGAGAAGAUACCCUUUGGUCGGGUGAAUCACAACAAAUACAUGGUGACCGAUCGUGUGGCAUACAUAGGCACCUCCAAUUGGUCUGGUGACUACUUCACCGACACUGCCGGCAUUGGCCUGGUGCUCAGGGAAACGCACGAAACGGAGCAAACCCAAACGCUGCGCAGCGACCUGAGGAAUGUGUUUGAGCGAGAUUGGAAUAGUCCCUAUGCCCAUGAGUUGGAAUAGAUUGUUAAAAGUGCUACGAGCCGUCCUUCAAGUUAUUCAGUUUUAUUCCAUUGAUUUUUUUAAUAAUUCUCCGUUUUGAUUAUAUUUUU